UUAAAUCUCAUCUUACUCCACUACCAACCUCGAUUAAUCCACCCAUCCAUCAUCAAAAUUCAAAUUCUCACAUCUUCUCCACCGUAACAUCUCGUUACAUCAUGAAUCCAUAAUCAUCAUCAUCUUCACACAUUGAUUCCAAACACCAUGAAUACAUACACAUUUUCUAUCUCUAUAUCCAUCUUCUGCAUCCUCACUCACAUUUCAUCAUCCUUAACCUCCGAUGGCCUCUCGUUACUAGCCCUCAAAUCCGCCAUCACAACCGACCCAACAAACUCUCUAACCACCUGGUCCGAAACCGACUCCACCCCCUGCCAUUGGUCCGGCAUCACCUGCAACUCGGCCCACCGUGUCACCGCCGUCUUCCUCCCUCACCGCAACCUCACCGGCUACCUCCCCUCAGAACUCGGCGCUCUUCUCUCUCUAAAACACCUCUCUCUCUCUAACAACAACUUCUCUAAACCCAUCCCCGAUCAUUUAUUCAAUGCCACUAAUCUCUUAUCCAUUGAUCUGUCACACAACUCCCUCACCGGACCUUUACCGGAAAAAAUUAAAAACCUCAAAAUGUUAACGUUUUUGGAUUUAUCUUCGAAUCGGUUAAAUGGGUCUUUACCGGAAAGUCUUGGAAACCUUACUAGCCUCGCCGGAACGGUUAACUUGUCGUGGAAUGAAUUUUCCGGCGAGAUUCCGGCGUCUUACGGGCUGUUUCCGGUCAUGGUUAGUUUGGAUCUCCGGCAUAAUAAUCUCACCGGAAAGAUUCCGUUAGUCGGUUCGUUGCUUAAUCAAGGACCCACUGCGUUUACCGGAAACCCGUUUUUAUGUGGGUUUCCUUUGCAAGUUCAAUGCUCCGACCCGGAAGCCCAAAACCCGACGGUUUUAUCGAAUCCAGAUGCUCCGAAAAAUUCGGGUUUAGUACCCGGGUUAUCGGGUAAACCCGGGUCGGGUUCGGGUUCCGGGUCAGUUGUGGUACCGUUGGUUUCUGGUGUGUUGGUGGUUAUUGGGAUUGUUUGUUUUUCAAUGUGGGUUUACCGGAAAAAAUGGAGGUCAACGGAGAGAGAAUUAAGGAAAAGAGAAAUAGAAAAAGAAAAAGAAAAUAUAGUGGUAAUUAGGAAUGAGGAUGAAGGGCAAGAUGGUAAAUUUGUGGUGAUGGAUGAAGGGUUUGGGUUGGAAUUAGAGGAUUUGUUGAGGGCUUCUGCUUAUGUGGUGGGGAAGAGUAAGAGUGGGAUAGUGUAUAAGGUGGUGGCGGGGCGGGGUGGUGCGGCAGUUGGGGCGGUGGUGGCAGUGAGGCGGUUGAGCGAGGGGGAUGGCACGUGGCGGUUGAAGGAGUUUGAGGCGGAGAUGGAGAGUAUAGGGAGGGUUCAACAUCCUAAUGUUGUGAGGUUAAGGGCUUAUUACUAUGCUAAUGAUGAGAAGCUGUUGGUUUCGGAUUUUAUUGGCAAUGGAAGCUUGUACUCUGCGCUUCAUGAUGUUGGUGGGCCCACAAACCCGUUACCUCUGUUAUCAUGGGCUUCAAGGUUAAAGAUUGCACAAGGCACCGCCAGGGGUUUAGCCCAUAUUCACGAAUGCAGCCCGCGAAAACAAGUACACGGGAACAUUAAAUCAUCAAAAAUCCUUCUAGACGACGACUUACAGCCUUUCAUAUCCGGGUUUGGGCUCAACCGUCUAGUGUCAAUCACCGCCCCAAAAUCCACUACCCGGAAGCUAAGUACUAGCUCUAGCCAACAUUCACUCACGGGCUCGAAAGGCUCGUCUUCAUCAUCAAACAUGUACUACGUGGCUCCAGAAGCCCGUAUGUCGGCCCACAAACUUAGCCCAAAGUGUGACGUCUACUCUUUUGGGAUCGUGCUUUUAGAGAUGUUAACGGGCCGCGCUCCUGAAGAUGGUGGGCUGGAUAACGAUGGGAAAGGGUUAGAGAGCUUUGUGAGGAAGGCGUUUCGAGAGGAAAGACCGUUGACUGAGAUUAUUGACCCGGUGCUUUUGCAAGAAGUUCAUGCUAAAAAGCAAGUUGUGGCUGCGUUUCAUAUCGCAUUAAAUUGCACGGAGAUUGACCCUGAGGUUCGACCGAAGAUGCGAUUGGUCUCGGAUAGCCUUGACCGCAUCAAAUUGCAGUGAAGUUUGGUUAAGAUUUUUGCAAUGUAAUUGACUUAAGAUUAGGAACAAAGAUGAAAGCUUAUAAAAAGGUGGGUGUUCCUUUUGGCUGGAUUUUGAUGUUAGAAGUUGCCCUUUGUUUUGAAAAAAUAUGUAUGUUUUAGGUUUUGUAAUUAGGGUUAACUUGAGGGAGGUAAUUGCAUUUAGAGUUAACUUGAGGAUGGUAAGUACAACAGUGUUUAACUUGAGGGUUAGUUUCCGUUUUUUGUUA